AUAAAUGUAGACAGGAAACGAUCUGUAAAGCUGAUAUAAAUGCGGUGUAAUCAUAUGCAUAUGCACGCUCGUAUACUGACUUUCUUCGCCGUUCCUAUUCCAGAUGAGCAUUGGGCCCAGGAAAUCAAUCCGUACAUACAACGACACACUUACACUUAGGAAAUAGUAUGGCUGCAAGGAUUUUGACCAAUAUUUUCACAUAUUGCCUCUUUCCAAACACCACAUCUGAACUCUUUUUGUAGAAUUCGACCAUUGACUGUGGUGAACAUUGCCGAUCAUCCUUUGAAAAAGCGUGAUACAGUCCCCGACUCAUCUGCUCGAUAGCAGGAAGGCGAUCUCCUCUGACGAAAGUGAUCUACGUACGUUUUGAUAUUGUAGAAGAGAGAACAUUAAUUGACUGCGAUUGUACUCAGAUCACUACUAUUCGACAAAGAAAGACUCACUUUGAAGAGUCCUACCUUAGAAUAAGAAAAGAAAUGAAGACUGAAAAUGGAAGAAAGCUGAACAGCUGGUAUGUUCUGUUCUGUUUUGUGUCAUCUACAAUGGCUGAGUACACCUACUAUGAUAACGAAGGAUAUCAAGAAGGAUACAACACCAGCCAUACGAUCACCGGAGGUGACGGCAUGGAAUAUUACAGCAAUACCAGCAAUAGUGCUACCAACAGUUCGGGAGGUGACAUUGAUUAUUGGACCAACUACGCCAUCUUCCCUAAGCGAUGCAUAGUUUACAAAAAGACAGACUACAUCAUGUACGAAAUGUUUGAUCAGCAAUAUUGCCAAGAAGAAAACCGAUUGGGAACCUACAUUUCGCGCGUUCCUGACUACAUGACGGGCCAUCUGCAACAAUUGGCCGAACAGAUGUCGGAUCUAGGUGUCGACGACUACACCAAACCAGAGGUGGCGCAGUACAUUGAAUGUACACCUUUUCAAAUCCAAGGCGCCUAUUACUAUUUCCAGAUUGGGUGCGCCGAUGGCGUCACUCAAAAGCUUGCUGUAAAUAUUUACUCCGACAAUACGUGCUCAAAGAAAUCAACUGUGGACGGCUUCGAUGAUUCUGUCAUUGACGUUUCGGCUUUGAAUAUUCCUUUCAAACAAUGCCAAACGUGUGUUAACUGGGUAAACGUGGAUGGGGCUGACGAUCAAUUCUACAUCAAGCGUCAACAAAAUGCUCCUCUUUGUAAGACUGCUUGGACGUACAAGAAGCAUUGUGGGCGCCAAUGUCAAUCCGUUGGUCGCAAUGCGGAAGUCGAAGGCUGGAAUGCUUCAGAUAAAAUUCUAAUAUCGGUGCUUUCCUCUUUUGCUCUCAUUCUGCUUGGAUCAAUUGCCUUCCGGAGACAGAAGAUGCCCAACAAGGAUAUACUCUUGGAACAAGCAUUUAUAAACUCAGCGGGACUUCGGCAAUCACAGAUUUUUGUCAUUAUCAUCAUCGUCAUGGCAGUUAUCGCAGUCCUCAUCAUGCUGGGUUUGAAGGACGCGACCUGGGCUUUGCUACUGGUAUUGAAUACUGCUCUGUUUGCUUACCUUAUGAAGCUGACACUGGAAAGCAGUGUCAAUACCGGAGAAAUUAUCAUCGGACCAGAUGGCACUAUUCUACGCAAAGAUUCCGACGAUUCUUCCAUAGAGAGUACAAGUUUUGUGCCCUCGACUGACGCAAUACCUCGUGGACCUGUCGAUCCUUUUGUCCUCGCUCGUUCCCCUCUUGUUUCUGUCAUUAAGUUAAACAAGGCGUCGUGCAAAGAAAACGCCUUGGUGACGCCGCUCUUGCGGUCAGAUCAUCAUCACGAACUGAGUCUACAAGCAAAUUCCGAGGCUUCCGGCCACGUCGCCGAAGCCGAUAUCGAAGGGGAAGAGGUUGGAGGUACCAGCAUGAGCAGCACUUACCAUGAUCCCCGAUUUAUUCGAAAUCCAGUUAUUCGGGGACUACUGCUGCGUUUGCUGCGUAUGCAAUCAGCGGCCGAUUCCUUACCACACCUAGUUCAAAUGAUCGUGUCGAAUGGAAAGAUUACAACUGUAUCAUUCGUUGCUCUCUAUCUCGUGUGUUUAGUCCUUUGGCUACCUUUCUGGCUGCUUGCUUUGCUAGUCACGGAAUGGGGCGUCUAUGCGCUGUCUGUUGCGGGAGGGUAUUUCAUUGGACGAUGUAUUAUUCGCAUGAUUGCUUUUCCUGGGGCUUCCCGAAAAGUCAGUACCGAUAUUGAGAAAGAAUUUGCCAAAUACUCAGUCCGUAUGUUGCAGUCCGGUGUCCAAAGCUUCGCGGAAGUCGCUUCGAUCAUGUCAGCCAAUCCGAACCAUCCCCAACGAGUGAGUGUUUUGAAGGGGUACACACUGCCGUCUCUUUGGAGUAGGGCCAAAACCUAUCGAAACCGUGUGUUGGGAGUAUACUUGGAAGUUCUUUUGCACAUUUACCAACAGGCACCAGAAUCAUCUACUGGGGCACAAAGAGGAUUCACAAAGUAUGGCAACAACGUUUUAUCUGGAGAUAUUGGGAACAUUGCCGGACUAUCGGCCCAAGCCCAAAAUGAUGGGCUUGGUCUCAUUGAACAACUCAAAACGGUACUGGCUUUGGUGGACACUUUGGAAGAGCAAGCGCAUACGUUCCUUGAAGGUAGAGCAGCUGUUGUAACGCCAAAUGAUCUUCCGGAAGAUGCACGCCGGACGGCGCAACAUCUUUUGGCCCGGUCUCAGGAGCUUACCAAUUUCGUCUCGUCCUUAAAACCUCCAUCUGAUAGCAGCAAUGAAGACAUAGAGGAUGAAUCAGAAGAAGACUUAACGGUUGACGCAGUACGCAGAAAACUAGAAAGGCAGCAUGGUUCCACAAGAGAGGCUAUUAAAAAAGGAAUUGCUUCUGUUAUCCCCCUGUUGGACCCCCCACCCCACAACUCAAUAUUCUCGUUUGAUUUACAACGUGGUUGCAUGUUGAGUCGCUAUCGAGGUGCUCGCCAGCUUUGGGUGCGUCGUCCUAGCGGCGGCAUGUUGGAUGUUUUGCAUUUUCCCGCUCGCGAUCGUUGUGCGGAUACUCAGCGGAACUCCAAAGCACUUCUUUACUGCAAUCCUAACGCAGGUUUAGUUGAAGUAGCAGCCGGGAUGAGCCUAGUUGGUGGGAACGUGCCGUCAAAUGAGGGUAAUGAACAAGCAUCCGAUGGGAGCUGGGUGGACUUUUACACCUCCGUCGGCAUAGAUGUCUAUGUCUUCAACUAUGCAGGAUAUGGACGAAGCUUUGGGUCGACAACAUGCCUAAAAGGGAACAGCGCGAUCGAUAGCUAUACUCCCGGUAUCCUACCCCGAUUGAUUCGAAUUAUUCGCUCUACAUUUUUAACGUUCACGCCAAAUCCAGACACUCUCCGCGAUGACGGGUUUGCCGUUGCGGUACACUUGCUCAAGGAAGUGGGUAUAAAACAGCUUAUAAUCCAUGGAGAGAGCAUUGGUGGGAUGGCUGCAUCAAGUACCGCUCGUCGAGUCUCCCACGAGCCGGAGCUACAGGAUAAGCUGGCUCUUCUGAUUUGCGAUCGAACGUUUUGCAACUUGGAGGCUGUAGCUCAGCGUCUCGUCGGAGGGUGGACAGGAAAUGCGAUUCGGAUGUUAGCACCUUUCUGGAGUACAGAUGUAGCGGGCGACUUUUUCGCAACAAACUGCCCCAAAAUUGUUGCCAAUGAUGCAGCCGAUGCAAUUAUUUCUAAUGAAGCAAGCCUGAAGUCUGGAAUUUCGCUUUGGAAAGAAUUGCAUCGCGGAAUCGCUUCCACAAAGGGAAUUGGUUGGAUGACGGAAGCACCCUUACAGUACAGAAUGGCCGAUUGGGAGAAUGUCUGUGUGAAUGAUUCGAAGUACGUUACAGCACCAGGAGUACUUCGAUCUCAAGCACCGACAUGGCCUCACGACAAGCACAUAUCCGUCGAGGAGGCUUUUCAUUUUGCGGCAUGCUGUAAACGGAUUGGAAAGUACGCUAAGGCUUUCAGGAAAGGCUCGGAGGGUGGCGAUUUGAGUGGUUUGCACCCCGGCUCUAGGCGUGCUCUAAUGGAAGCAUGGCAGUCUCUGGCAUGUCUCGACGGUCUCACUGGAGCACCGCUCGGUGUUGCUGUCAAACAAGGGUUCGAUACGACGGUAGCUUGGCUAUGUUCUUUUCUGAUUUUCGGUGCUCAAUCAAUUGUAGCUGUCGCUGAGCGACGCACGGAGGGUGACGUUGGGCUUCGGGAGCAGCUAGCAAUUGUCCCCUCUGACUUUGAUUCCCGACCAGCCGGCUUUGCAGCUGCAGAAGAGGGAGGCAUGGUGCAUCCGAAACCACUUCCAGAAGUUAUUGAAUCCCUUUUGUCAUUUCAAGAAUCAGGAGAUCCUUCCCUCAGAGACUUGUCCCAUGAAUUUCAGUUUGUUGUUGGCGUUCUUAAGUAUUUGCAAGGCCGCCUGUCGGCAUCCACGAGUAUUGAAGCUGCGCAAAAAAGCCGAAAAUUGCAAGUUUUUAAGGAAGGUGUUGGCUUCUUGUUGAACCUACAUUGUGGACACAAUAAUCCCUUUUCCAAGGAGGAACAACUGCAGCUGAAAGGACUUUUGGAUAGGGCCAUCGGAGUGAAAGGAGGUGGAUUGGUGUAGUCUUUGCAUUUACCAGAAAAUACAGUAAGCCAUACUUCACGCUGGCUUUCGGAAACGAGUUUGAGAUGUACACCGUUUUUGGCUGGCUUACAGUUAUUACAAAUCGUUCACAACACGCGUUU